UUUCAUUAAGAGGAUGCCACUGAUUCGGCCAGACCCAAUCUUGUCUGGGGCUACUUUUUUCCACAAUUGCUCUUCUCUCAUCCAUUCGUUCCUCUCGUUUCCUCUGCUGCUCCCUUUCCUUUCAUCUCUGAUCUCAUCAUCGCUCCCUCAUCUCAUUCUGAUUGCUGGAGUAAUAGAUUUCUCGUUUCCUUCUACAAACGUGAGGUUAUACAGUGGCAAAGAGGAGAUGGCAGCUGCUAUCGCGAAAUGGCGGACCCUUGCAACUUAUCUUCAGUCCGACCUAUAUUUUCACCGCCUCCAGUGUCGGUUUUUCUUGAAUAAUGGCCCAGAUACUGUGGAGGAGUUAUUGGAUCGACAUGUAGCCAAGAAAGAGAAAAAGAGCUACAAUGAUGAUGAAGAUGAGAAAUUAACUCGGCAAAGACUUACGAGUACCCGCCGUGAGGUACUGGGUCUCUACCGAGAUAUAAUUCGUGCAACCCGUUUCUUCAUGUGGCCUGAUUCACAUGGCGUCUUGUGGCGUGAUGUUCUCCGAGCAAAUGCCCGAAAGGAAUUUGAGGAGGCUCGAUUCGAGAAAGAUCCAGAAAUUAUCACUCGGCUGCUUAUUGGUGGACAUGAUGCUGUGCAGGGUGCUCUUGAUAAACUGGUGGAAAAGCAGAGGCAGCAGAUUGCUAAGGAAAAAGAAGAUCGUGCUCGUCUAUGAUACAGGGGGAUCGAUUACAUUCCUCUUUGGCAACAAUGUCUUCAUAUGCACGGUUGUUGCUAUCCUCGUUCGGUUCUUAGCAAAUUCGGCCUUUUUGUGAGAUUCGUUCAAUAGCGUGGCAAAGAGGUUCAUAGCAGCAGUUGGCUGCUGGGUGGUUGUUUUUCUUCCGAGUCUUAUGUAAAAGAAGUGUAUUUAUUGUUAUGUUUUUAGAAAAGGAAAUUUUAGGGUAUGAGAAAAUGGUGUUGAAGUUGAACUGGUAUUUAACUUGUAAAAAGAAAGAAUGAGUUGAUAGACUUCCCCUUU